AUGGCUAUCGGGCCUCCUCUUAUUGGGAAAGGAGUGAACCCACCAAUCGACACCAUGCACAAGGGAGUGCGUCAGGGGGGUAACAAGAGCACCAAGUCCUUCCGGUCAGACAUCGGCAUCCCCGGGUAUACGGGCUUCUGUCCCGCCUUUGCCGCGCUGCCCCCCCCAACGAAGGGAAGCACGGAGCGACUCGAGAAGAGCCCGGACUGUGCCACUUUUGAGAGGCUGGCCACAGCGACGGUGGGGGAUCACCGGACAUCGCACUACAGAGACACGAUGCGGCCCCCCCGACCCGCUUUGUAUGAAAAAGCGCGUAAGACGCUCCAGGAGACGGCGCGUCUGAGGGAGACAGCUGUCAAUGUCCAACCGGGGGGGUACGCAAACCAGGCGUCAGUCUACAGUUUGUCGAAUAAGCACGUGACGCAAAGCGGCACUUCCUUCCUGGACAAGCCGCGGAACAGCUCCACCAAGGACACCCUCCUGUACGACCUGACCCAGUUCUCCCAGGGGCGGACGCCAUUUUACAGCGGAUUCCGCCCGAAGGCCGCAUGUAACGUCCGACCACCGGGGGAGCCCAGUCCGCAGACGACUCAAGGGUACGCGAACAACAGCGUCCGCAUGUUGAUCGAGAAGCGGGGGGGCGUCCUCAGCAUACAGCGGCAAGGGGCCGCGGUCGCCAGAAAGUAA